AUGAUGGUGGUGGACGUGGAGGCGGAUCGUGCGAGCAUGUCGACGAGCGGGGCGCCACGACAAAACGUCCUGAGCGGCGACACGCAGCGGCCGCGCGUGGCUUACUCUGCUCAAGACUCUCGUGAACCCUCAGCCCGUAUUGGCCAGCCAAGCUUGCGGAGCACAAGGCUGGAAGAUAGCGCCCCGCAAGAUAGACCGACGCGUAAUGGCAGUGGUAGAGAGAGUGGAGAGUCGACGAGGCGACCGAUGAGCCCUCCGCCGGAAGGUCAACAACAGCAACAACGACACCAACAACAAAAGAAGCAACAGUUUGUUGUGCAAAGUGCUUUUACACAGAGAAAUCCGUUCCGCCGCCAAACCUUUGAGAACUUCUGUUGCUCCCCGGAUUAUCGUGUGCCGCCUGGUUUCUCUAUUUACCAGGACGAUUCGAACGUAUGGAAAGGUUACCAACGCGCCUCAGAGAGUGGGAUCUGCGGCCAACGCGCCUCAGAAGACUCCUCAGGGGGCCAUCAAAGCCUAUCUUCCGUGUAUCUUGCUGCUGGCCCCGCACUUGGGGUGCUACAGAGAGGUGAUUGGUUUCUCAAGUGGACACGGCAGGGGAAGGUGCAUGAGCGGUACGUCUGGCUUGAUGCAGAGCGCGGUACGCUGGUUUGGGGCCCAGGUCCUCGUCCGUCUCUAAUGCUUUUCUCGCAGCUCAAGCUCAGUCGCGUAAUGGACCUUCGCCCGGAUUGCCUGUUCGAUCAGGCGACGCAGCGCACUUUUUACCGCCUCUUCUUCGUGACCGAGGAACGCACCAUUGUGUUCGCCACGGAGGUGCGUGACAAAUUCGACGCCUGGUUCGAUGUGUUGAUCAAGAUCACGUCUGCCAGCGGCGCUCCGCAGCUGUGGGGAGAACUGUGGGGCACCUCAGGCGCCGAAGUGGCGCAGAAGGAGUGGUCUUCGCGCUUUAGUCCGCUGCACGCCGUCCUGCAUGGCUACGGGGCGGCGGCGGGGCCCAUGGCGAAUGCCACUGCGCUUGGUGGGGCCCGUGGGCGAGUGCUGCCCAGCGAUUAG